AUGAACCGUGCCCUCACUGCGUCAGUGUUGCCCAGCUUGGUCCUUGAGUCGCCUGCUGCUUUCACCUUCAACUCCCUCAAGGAGCUUUCCAUUGAUCUCCCCUCUUUGGCUCUGGGUAUCCUUUUGGGGCUUAGCAUUGGGCCUUUGCUGGACUUUUGCUUUUUGCCUGAGCGCUCUCCCUCCGGCGGUUCUCUGGGCUCUUUCGAAGCCGUGAGCGCUGUCACCAGUGGGCCUGCUGCUGCUGAAUCUACAGUUGCUGCAAGUGAUCUCUCUCGCGAGCGCAUUGAGCGAGUGCAGCUGGCUUCCAAGUACUACCUGGUCUUCCGCACUUUUGACCAGGCUGUGCACAAUCCUCGUUUGGCAAAAGCCCGAGUGUACUCCUCUGAGGGGCAACCAGGUGAUUCAGUUUUUGUUGGGCUUCCCACCAAGGCCGAAGCGCAAGAGCAGGGGGAGGACGGUGAGGCCCUUACUCUCCGAGACUGCUUGAUUGCCUCAGAAUCGGGUGACAUAGAGCCUGACUGUCAGGUGGGAGUUUUGCUGCUUCAAGGGAAGCCUUCAGCGUCUUGUGUAGGAGUUGCUGAAGUUGACGCAAGUAUGGCACAAGAAGACUGCCAAAAGAGUUUUUCCAAGUGGCACUUUGUCAAAGGCUGUGGCAGUGAUCGUCCCUUCAUGCCCUCAGGACAAUCGCGAGCUUGCAGACCUAUAGACAGCACUAUGAAGGUCUGGUUAGGCCUCAUUUCUCCAGAAGUCGCCGACCUGGUCGACUUCAGUGUUGGGGUGGCGCCGGACAUCGCCUUCCCUGUAGAUUCUCAAGGGAUUCAGCUGCUGCCGUUUGCAGAAAGCUUGGUGGCUGCAGCUCGAGAUCAUUUCACUUUUCUUUCCUACUCAGAAGGUGGAGCUCAAGGCAAAGGAGAUCACGUAGAAGGACGUUUGCAGAGCUUGGAAGAGGGUCUGUCAAAGUUGCAAGCUACCUUGGAGGCCGCUCUUGGCUCCCCGGGCCCAACUGCUGCAGGUUCCAAAAAAGCAAAACCUGCCGCUCCAGCGAAGACUCGAAAGUCGGUGGAGACUCCGCCUGGUCUGGACCCAGUCGUUGCUCAGCACGCCCUGCAGGCUGGUGUGUCUCAAGAUGCUCUGGCGGAGUUGGCUCAGUUGCAAGUGGCUGGCAAAGGGCCCGCAGGUGGCAAGACUGCGGCGGUUUUGGAAGAGGUCUCCAGCGAGGACGAAGAUUUGGAGGAGGACGAAGACCCAGGCGCUGGAUCUGCAGACCCGGUCGCCAAGGCGGUCACCCAGAUGUCCAAAGUGCUCAGAGAGAUGCAUCGGGACAGGAAAGAGAAGAAAGCGAAGACUUUGGACUCAAUCCUAGAUCGCGCCGAAUCUGGAUCGGGCAAAGACUCCUUGAGCUAUGGAAAAUCCAGGGCUGCUGCACUGCGCUCUCUGCAGGCUCUCCUCAAGACCCAUCCGGCUCUGAUCUACAUGGAGCUCCAGCGGCGACUUCAAGAAGAUUGGGAGCUGAAUGGGGUUCAGCCCGGCCUUCAGAGUUCUACCGUCACUGCACGAGGCUGGUUAAAGACGGCUUGGGCUUUAGCUGGCAUUUGGGAUGCGCUCCGGUGCAACAAGGUGGAAGAAGCUCGAGCUCGUGCUGGGUUGGCAUUGGCUCAGAUCGACCAGCAGAGCUGCGACAGAGGCAACUGGUUACUAGCAGCGGAGCUGUCUUUAGAGCCGGCUCCGCCGGCCCACUCUUUCCAGAGCCACGUGCCUCCGGAGAGUUGGGAGAAGCUGAUCGAUCCGAGGUGGUUCGAGUUGAUAGAAGAAGCUGAAGCUGAGCUCGCCUGGGGGAGGCAAGGGAAAGGAGCAGCCCACUCAACCUGCUGCAAAAGCCGACCCAAAACGGGCUCCAAAGGGAGGAGGAAAAGAUGGUGCAAAGAAGGGCAAGACGAGUGUGAGUGGGGCAGAGGCUGCAGCAAGCAGCACACCUGCCUCAGCAGAGGCCUAGUUGAUGGAGAGGUAGAGGGCGCCUUUGGUGAGGAAGCUGACGCUGAGAUUGCUGAGGCUCAAGGGUUGCCGCUUGAUUCCUCUCUAUCUGCAAAAGUGCAUGUUCCUGGAUCUGCAGCGAAGCCUGUAGAUAUUUUGUCUUUGUGGAGCUCUAUGCUGAGAUGGGUUUUGCGCUCCAACACCGAUUUUGCUUGUUUUCUCCACAUUUACCUCAGAGACCCUCUCUCCGCAGAGGAGAGCACAGCCUUGCCGUUUUGGCCUAUCCCGGCACCUUACCCGGGUGUCUGGAAGUCUACAGCUGCUGAACCUGUUCCAGGUCAACCUUCUUGCGCGAAGCGGCGCAGAGCUGAGAUGAAGAUUUUGAACCUUAUCCUGCUGGUCUUGUCUUGGCUGCGUUUGGGCUCGCCGAGAAAGCCUCCAAAGGGGUACAGGUUGGGACUGCGAUGCGCUGCUGCUCAGAUGAAGGUGGUGCACCGUCUCGAAAGCUUUGUGGUUGACAUUAGCGGCUGUGGCAUUGUCGGACCUGCUGAGAUGGGCAGAUCUGCGGCCAAGAUGGAAGGCUUGGACAGCAUUUUGAGGAGUCUGCAUGAAAGUACAUUAGACUCUAUGCCUGCAGCAGCAUAUGCGAAGACAAGUGCUGCUGCGCGAGGUGUUUCCUCUUCUAGUUCCUUGCGGAGCGGCUCAGAUGCUUUGGCUGUUGGUGAAGUCAUUGGUUCUAUGCAUCAGGGUACCCCCGUAGUUGCUAAAGAAGUUGAACCUGAACGUUUGUCCUUGCCAAAAGAGAGACCAGCUUUUGACCCUACACCUUUUCUUGAAGAACCUCACCUCAGUGUUUACAAAGAUCCCAUAGCCUCUGCAGUGGCUCCUGCGUGUAGCUUGGAAUCACCUCCUCGAGUGCGAGUCCAUACGAAAAAGGGCAAGCAGUUGGAGUUUCUUCGCUUUUUAGACAGUCAUCAUCGUUUAGCAUUGGCUACAGAGGCAGAAGUUAGGGCGACUCAUCUUUGCGGUGCUUUUGCAUUGAUAAAGGACACUGAAAAGGACAGACUGAUCUUAGAUGCACGAGCUCCGAACCUUCUUGAGGCUGUUGAAAUGGGCCAAAAGGUGCACAUCAAACUAGGUUUUGCUAGUAGAGCUUUUUCACCUUCGGAGUUGCUCACCGUGCAUGGGCGGCUUCCUCGAGGAGCUAUAGCAGCUGGAGUCGUCAUUGACGAUGUGCUCUUGGCUGAGCAGGUCUGUGAAAGUUCUGCUGAAGCCGAAUGCGAAGAAGAGCUGCUAGAAAGUGUGCAACGGCUGAACCAGCUGUGCGAGAUGUACCUGCAGGUCGGCCUCACUUCACACCCGGCCAAGACUUUCAGAGGAGAGGAGGUGGCCGAGAGCUGGGGGGUGGUGGCGAAUGGAAGAUCUGGUUUUGUUCGGCCCAAUCCGAAGCGGCUGAUCCCUUUCCUUCAUAUCACAGCGCAAGUAGUGCGGCUGCAGGUUGCCUCAGUAGGUCUUCUUGAAGUCCUUGCUGGAGCCUGGUGCUCUGUGCUUCAGAUCCGGCGGAGAGCUAUGUGCCUGCUUGAGAUGAUCUAUGCAGCUCAGCGAGGCAGACCUAGAGAUGCGGUGGUUGCGCUUGCCAAGGGUUUGGUGCAAGAACUCUGGACUCUGGUCGUCUUGGGCCCUACCAUGGUGGCAGAGAUGCGCGCUGGUUCCUUGGAUGAGAUCUUCAUGACGGAUGCUUCUGAAUGGGGCAUUGCUGCAGUGCAGUCGGAGCUUCCGCUCGUCUUCAGCAGAGAGAUGCAGCGGCACUGCUUGGCCAGAGGCGUGUGGGCUAAGCUUUUGGUGCCGUGGAGAGCCUGGCUGCGGGAGCAUGGUGGUUUAGAACCUGAGGAUGAGCUUCCGGAGGGUGUCCCUUUGGUCAGUCAUCCGCUAUGGCUGCUUUUAGCGGAAGUUUUGCAGUUUAGGGUGUUGAUUAGAGAAAAAAGCCAUGGACGCAAGCACAUCAAUUUGCUUGAGCUGGAAGCUGUUUUCCGCUCGGAAGAGAAGCUGGCAUUGCGUGGGGUUAGCCUGCGCUACCUUCUUGGGGCUGAUAGCCAGGUGGCGCUUGCUGCGCUGCUGAAGGGCAGUUCAAGCUCUCCUAGGAUCAAUGCGGCUCUGCGGAGAUCUUUGCCAGUGGUGCUUGGAAGCGGGAUCUAUGGCUGCUACGGCUUUGCGCCGUCCCUGGCAAACCCGAGUGAUGACCCAACUAGAGGGCUCCCGAAAGCGGGAAAGCGCGUGCGUCGGAGCCAUGGGAGAAAAGAGAAUGAAUUAGCGCCUCUUCUGUCGGAAGAUGCCUUGAAGUUGCUCCAGCAACCGCCUCCACGACAGUUCAUCCGUCCUGGGGGCGGUCGAAGUGAUGAGCCGAUAGAUUUUAGUAGGCGUGGGUUUUUGGACCUCUUUUCUGGCGCCUCUGGAGUAGCGAAGCGCUUGGCUUCUGUGUAUAAAGUUUGGGUUCUUACCCCUGACUAUGAGCAUGGGGCUGAGCAGAAUUUGCUGGAUGAAGAGGUGCGGCAGCAGAUCUAUGGCUUUCUGCAUGCUGAUGCUUUCUUAGGCUGCGGUAUGGCGCCGGAGUGCGCGAGCUUUUCUCGCGCUGUCACUCCUGCGGUACGCUCUGCAGACAAGCCGCUUGGACUGGAGAACAUCUCAGAGAAUAUGAAAGUGAAGGUGGCCAUCGGCAAUAGCCAUGCAAGUUUUGUUUGUAAGGUUUUUGAUUUGCUUUCCCAAAGAGGGCUUAUUUUUUGGCUUGAGAACCCUGAUGGCUCCUUCCUGUGGCUGCAUCCUGAGUUCCAGAAGAGGGGACUGGGAAGAGCUGAGAACUCCUACCGUUUUGACAUGUGCACCUUUUCAACCCCAUGGAGAAAAACAACUCGGAUAGCCACCAACUGCGAGCUAUCUGGGCUGCGAGAACUUUGCUGCGGGGGCCACUCGCAUCUGAAGUUGCGCGGGCGUUCAUCUGCGCAUCGGUGCUCCUGGACCCGUGUUGCUCAGGUUUAUCCUUUGGGCCUUUGCAGAAAGCUCAGUGCGGCUAUAAUAGCUCUGGCCUCAGCAGACGUCCUCUUACAGGCGAACCUCUCAGCGUUUCUAUGGCAAAGUGCUCGGGGAGUCGAAUGGGAGAAGCUUCCCAUCCUGGACCUCCUCAGGUGGUUAGGGGUCCCCGAGAUCCGGAAGAGUUGCGGCAGACGCUGUUGCAUGACCAUGGAACCCUGGUCAUCCAAGAGAGGGUUUGGCGGGCUUUUACUGCAUGGCUGGCUUCGAAGCUGUCGCAAUCGACUCUGGAGCAAUUGUUUCUGUGUCCCUCACUUGCGGUGUGGGCUUUGCAGCAGUAUGGUCUUCACCUUUAUAGCUGUGGCGGAAAGCUGUAUGAGUUGCGACAUCUUCUGGUGUUGGUUCAGAGAAAAUACCCAAGACUGCGAGCAGAGAUCAGUCCAGCGUGGGAGCUCAUCUCGCGAUGGGAGGAGCUUCAUCCUGUCCGACACCGAGAACCUUUGCCUGAAGUGCUCGUCCUUGCGUACCUGUGGAAAUGGAAAAGAGUGGCAGCAACCUUGCUACUAG